GCGCGGGCGCAUGCCUACCUGGACGAUGUUUUUGUCGUCAUCGAUUCUCGCUUCGCCGCGGAAGCCGUCGCUGUCACGAGGGAGGCGCUGCAGGGCAUCGGUUUGGAGCUCCAGCUUGCCAAGUCCAAACUGUGGGUGCCCAGCCCGGCUGUACCGAUGCCGGCGCAGGUCGAUAUCCAGAGGGUUAACGAGCUGCGAUGCCUCGGAAACGCCAUGCGCUUCACCACAGCGGCUCUCGACGAAGACGACCAGCAUCGCCUCGGGGCCCCUCUUGUGCCAGACAGCCGUUUCCAGGCGUCGCUGGAGGCCUUGGACGCGUUCCCGGGGAGGGCGCGAGCACUGCUAGCCGCGGGCCUGCGCGUUCAGACCGCUUUCACGUUGCUCCGCACCUUCGUCGGCGGGGCCAACAACCACCUGCUCAGAGGGUGCUUUGCGAACGAGGAGUGGCGCGAAGAAUACGACGGCCGAGUGGUUGCCUUCCUGGAGCAGCUUCUGGGCGCCCAGCUCACCCUGCAACAGCAACGGCUGCUGUGGCUGCCGUGCCGGGUCGGAGGCUUGGGGCUGCAGUCAGCUCGUUUGACGAGGAGUGCGGCGUAUAUUGCCUCCUGGCAACAGUGCCUCUCAGACGUCGCCGCGGCGCGGGGGUCGCGCUCGGCCGACGCCCUCCUCGCUGGGGCGCCGCGCACGGGGGCUACCCUGACGGUCGCGGGAGACGAGCUCCGCCGGCUGGGGUGCCGCAACUACCAGGCGGACUGGGCAGCCUGCUUUGUUGCCAGCCGCGCGAAGCAGCAGAAGGCGCUGAUGAAGCAUAUCAGUGCGGAGUGCCGGAAGACAUUGCUGCGCGACCUCGAGGUCUCUGGUCGCGCCGACCUCCGUUCCGCGGGCGACAAGGGCGGCGCUUUCCUGCUCCCGCCCACCAAGAAGAGCCACCUUCUACCAGAUGAACACUUCAUGGUGGCCGUGCGCCUGCGGCUGCAGCUUCCGCACCCGGGAGCACUGGGCGCUCGCCCACCCGCUAGCACUUGCGGGCACCGCUCUUCGCAGUUGGGGCACAGGUGCAAUUGCGCCGUGGACGGCCGGGGGCACCACGCUCUGACGUGCGAAGUCGGUGGCGGAGUUGUCCGGAGACAUGACAGCAUCCGUGAUUGGUUGGCUGCCUGGAUCGCCGGCGUCACGGGCGCCCCAGUGCUCACCGAGCAGUUCGUGCCGAAGUGGGACCGAGUGGUGGAGGUGGACGGGGAGGAGCAGACUGAGCGCGCGCGCUUGGACGUUGUUUUUAAUGACCAAAACGCCCAACGUGCAUACGUCGACGUCUGCGUCCCCGCUGCUUCUUCCACCUGCCCCGAGCUCCUCCGUGCGCGAGCAGCGCGGGAUGGCGCGGCAGCCGCGCGGGCCGAGGACGGCAAGCGCCUCCGGUACCCAGGGCCAGACCUCGUGCCAUUUGCCAUCGAGGCUUUGGGCCGACCGGGGGACGACGCCGUGACCCUUCUCCGCGCGUGCGCGCCGGAGGACCCAGUCGAGCGGUCUCGGGUCCUGGGCUCGGCCUGGCAGUCGCUCUCUGCGCUGCUGCAGACGCGCAACGCGGAGCUGUUAUUGGCAGCAGAAUCGGCUUGA